AUGCCGAAGCACAGACAGUGGGAAGGUCUUGCGGAGAUCACGGAAAAGUAUGGUGAUAUCGUGAUGCUUCGCAUUCUAGACCAGCGGAUCGUCAUCUUCGGAGGCGGAGGUACCGUUCUCGAACACCUCGAGAAGACCUCUGCUACUACGUCCGGUAGAGCCCAGAGUCCAAGCUUUAAAAUGUCAGGGAUGACCGAAGCGUUCGGCUUCAUGGAGUACGGACAAGCAUGGCGCCUCCGAAGGCGGCUGUUCUGGCAGUACUUCAACUCGAAUGCCAUCCGGAAGUACCAGGAAGUGCAGCGAGAGCAUAUUCACAAACUAGCAAAGUCGCUUCUCGAAUCCACCUCCGCUUCUCCGAACACCAGCGCCAUGUCCGCCGCCCUUUUAGAGAUCGUUUACGGCCUCCAAGCCAGAGAAGGCGACGAAACCAUCAAAGUGGUCGACAUCGGUAUGCAAGGUGUGCGCGAGCUGCUCCUCUCGGGAACCUUCCUCGUCGACAUCCUCCCGUUCCUCCAAUACGCCCCGUCGUUCAAGCCGUUCCGCCGGACCUUUGAGCGGUGGCGGAGGGACUUGAGACGGAUGAUGGUGCUCCCUUUUGAGCGCUAUAUGGCUGAAGAUCCGAGGCCGGAGUGCGUAGCCACCGACAUGAUCAGCGGCGCACAAAGGCUCGUCAAGGUCAACAUGUGCGUUUACCAGGAUUUGCAGUAUCAUACUUAUAUAUCUGCGCAGACGGCUUCCACACUCUUGGUCUUUUUUCUCGCUAUGUCGCUGUACCCUGAAGUUCAGAUGCGCGCACAAGCAGAACUCGACGCGGUUGUAGGCCAGAACCGCCUCCCGGACUUCAGUGACCGACCGAACCUUCCGUACGUGAACGCUAUCGUCAAAGAGGUUUAUCGCUGGCUUCCUGUGUCACCUCUUGGUCUCCCGCACUUCACCACGGAAGACGAGGAGAUGGGUGGAUACUUCAUUCCCAAGGGUACGAUUUUGGUAUCGAACAUCUGGGCGUGCCUGAGAGACUCGGAGGCGUACGAAAACCCAGAAGAGUUCCUCCCUGAACGCUGGAUCAAAGACGGCAAAAUCGAUCCUGACGUAAGGGACUCUGAGAGGUAUCUGUUCGGGUUCGGGAGGAGGAUUUGUCCUGGCAGGCACUUCGCCGACGCAGCUGUCUUCGUCGGCGUCGGCGUGCUGUUGCAUGUCUUCAAAUUCUGUCCCCCGCUAGACGCGGACGGGAAGGAGAUCAAGAUAAAACCGCGACUGGCUGAUAUCUUCGUCUCGUGA